GUUGGCUUUUUCCACAACAAAUUUGUAUUUGGUUUUCACUUUGGAAGACAAUGUUUACCGUUUGAUGGAACAAUUCACUUAAACAAGACACGUCUUGUUCUAUCGAUCAAGUAUUCUAUGUUGACAGCCGAUGCAUAUGCCAGAAAUAAAGUGUCUAAGACUGGUUUGUAUUUACAAGCCGAUUGUUUACAAUGGACAAAACUACAGACGAUAAAAACUGGCAGAGUUCACUAUAAGACAUCAAUCUUCAAUUAUCACAAUAUAGAAUUAUUGUGUUAUGUGGUCCUAAAGUUGAUUAUUUCUUAGUAUAUGUGAUGAAACCAUCAGGCUAUAUUGUACAGGUAGUUCUUGCUAGUAUGCUAUACCAUAUUGGACAUGCAGCUAGAUGCCUCAAAGGCUUCAAAGGUCGUAAAUCAUUUACGAUUGAAAACAAGCCUAUCCCCCUGACCGUCUAUGGAGGUAUUGGGGUAGCCAAUCAAAUUGCAGGAAUCCUGGCGAGCAUCUUAUUGGACGAUGUACUUGGUUACCGUAAUGUUGUACUUGURAAUAGCUCGCUACCAGGACCUUUGACCGUGAUGGAACUGAACUCAUACAUAAAGAAGGCAUGCCAUACACCAAGCAAGCAAUGCUUUCCACCUGCCUUAGUCUUCCCGGCCGUGUGGGUACCAGUCGAUCAUCGACCAAAGACAACCACCAACAAGAACCUCAUUGAUCUCGGUUCCGAUGGCAUCACGGGAAGCUAUGGUUGGUUUGUGUCUAGUACAUUCGUUAGUAAGAUAUGGAAAGACAAAGGAAUCCCGGUCAAUCACUGGCGCAGUCUAUUGUUACCUGCAGUUGUAGAGAAUCUAUUGAACGCAGGUGAACUCGAAUCGCUUCGUGAGCUGUGUCCUGGAUGUGUUUUACGUGUGUUCUACCCUAAACCCUGCAACCCUAACCAUGGCGGGGAGGUUAGUCUGUGCGCGUUGCUGAUAGCACAAGACCGAGGGAGCUGCAGUAUCGAGAUGGAACGUCAGAUUACUCUCCUCGAUCUUCAUGUGGCGAUUGCCUGGCUGAACACGAAGCCACAUUCAUUUCUGAUGGCCUAUGAGUCGCGCAAGAAACCAGUGCUUUUCUCAGCCUUUGCGACUGAUAGAUUGACGAUUUCAGAUCGAUUCACCGAGAUUCACUUCCCAAGCUGCAGUUCAAAGCUUGAUGUUCAUCAGGAAUUUUCUCCACCCAACCCACAUUGGAAUUGUAGUUGUUCAUCGAUAUUGGAAAUGAGGAAAUUCGUAUGGACAAGACUCCAUCAUGAGUACAAGGACAUCGUUGACUUACUCGCUGCAUUUCAUUUCCAACAAGACCAGUUAGCAGACAUGAUAGGGAAGGUCGGAGAAAAUAACGCCAGCAAGACUGUCUGUGAUUGGUUAAUCAUGAACAAAGGUGUAUGGUCACCRUGGAUACCGACUCAAAAGAUCACCAACAAGACCAUCUACAUUGGAGGCAUGUUUCCAAGUUUAAACGGACCGGAAGCUGUUUGGUCAAGUCCUGGUGACGAGCUUGGGGCGAUCAUGGCAAUWGAGAGAAUAAACCGUGACACCGCARUACUCAAAGACUACCGACUCAAGAUGCCGAUCGUUGGUACGCAAUGCCGACGUGAAUUGGUCCUUAAUGCAUACAUUACAUAUCUGAACCGUGACCCRUCACGCAAGGUAGUUGGCAUAUUGGGCCCUGCGUGUAGUAAACCAACAAUGCCUAUUGCAUCAGUGUCACGCUAUCACAAUAUGAUAGUCAUGGGUUACGGUGCUGAUGACGUGUCCUUAUCUGAUAGAAAGCGAUAUCCCUACUAUUUCCGCACUGCCCCUAGUGUGGACGAGUUCAAGUUUGCAUACUUAGCUCUUUUUGACAAAUUCAAAUGGAAGCAUUGCAUGACUCUACGUGGUACACGAUAUCCAGCAAGCACCGUACUGUCCAGAACGGAGUAUUUGACCAAAAAUGGUAUUGAUGUCUUGUCGCGACAAAUUCCAACCGAGGAGGGACUGGAUGCGAAGACAUACGUUAGCAAUGUUAAGCAGACCGGACGGACGAUUAUCAUCUUGAACGUCUACCCAGCAGCCACCAGGGCCAUUAUGUGCGAGGCGUUCAAACAGAAUCUCCAUCCAUCACGUGGUUAUGUAUGGUUUGUGCUCGGUUGGCUUGACCAGGAUUGGUGGGAUACCGACAAACACAACAAUAAAACCUACAGCCCCACAGAAAGAGUACCUUGUAGCAGCGAUGAUAUGAAGAUCCUUGUCGAUCAGGGAUAUUUCUCGUUGUCUGGAUCGUUUUACGGUGAUGAUAACCAAGUCAUCGCAGGCGGAGGAACGGUCAGUUAUUGGAAGAAACAAUACUUACAAAGAACUUUAGAAAAGGGAGUAAAGCCAUCAGAUUACGCGUCACUAGCUCACGAUGCUGUAUGGACCUACGCCCUUGCACUAGACGCCUUAAUCAAGAAUUCAUCUGAUGCUGUUGACCAUAUUUACGAUGAUACAACAUCAAGAUUAUUUCGUGAAUACAUCCAGACGACACAUUUUUUUGGAGUGUCUGGUCUUGUUCACUUCCGUAAUGGCGACAGAUUGUCYAAUAUCAAUAUUAAGCAGAACUUUGCAACAUCAUCGAAGCUGAUUGGUCACUUUGUCCCGGAAACUUCACAAAACAAUGUUUACAAUGGAUUUUUAUUUCUUGAAGAGAAGACGAUAAAGUGGGCAAGUGGAAACGUUCCUAAAGAUCGACUUUUAGUUCAAGCUGCCCCAUCAGUGAGCUGUGCCGUCGAAUCUCUUCGAAAUGUACUGGGUAUCAGUUGCGUUGCUGCAGGACUAGUCGCUGCACUCAUAGCCAUUCUCCUUAUUGCGGCGUUUCUCUUAGUUGUCUUUUGGAUUCUGAAAGGAAGAUACUCUUCCAAAUAUCGUAUUAUCAAAAGACGUCUAAACCAGCUAGGUCUUCUGGAUGCUCAUGCUGCAUGUACUAUAUUUGCACUAGAUGCCUGGGAAAUAUCACGUGACAUGAUUGUUUUGAAUCGUAAACUUGGGGAAGGCGCGUUUGGAGCUGUGUUUGGAGGAGAAGGACUGGGUAUAGUUKAUGAAAGUACUUCAGUUUCUGUUGCUGUUAAGACUCUCAAGACCGAUGCAUCAGUCGAGGAGAAGUUUGAAUUCCUUGGAGAAGCAGACACCAUGAAGCACUUUUCACAUGAAAAUAUUGUGCAGUUAUUUGGAGUCUGUACAACUACAGAACCUGCAUUCAUUGUUAUGGAACUAAUGAUACACGGUGACUUAAAGAGUUUUCUUCUUGCAAGAAGACGGCUUAUUGAUCGACAUGGAACACCAGAGGCAGAAGAAGUGACGUCAUCCAAUCUUACAAGAAUGGCUCUCGACAUUGCCAGAGGGAUGCAGUAUCUAUCACAAAAGAAAUACGUCCACAGAGAUCUGGCCCUACGCAAUUGCAUGGUUGGUGUUGGUAAUGUGAUCAAGAUUGGAGACUUUGGUUUAGCAAGACAACUGAACAUCAAAGACUAUUAUCGGUUCGAACGUAAAGGAGCCUUACCGAUACGAUGGAUGGCACCGGAAGCCAUCACCGAGGGAUUGUUUACCACUCAGUCCGAUGUCUGGUCGUUUGGUGUCACGUUAUGGGAGCUGGCGACGUUCGGAGGCUUUCCGUACCAGGGUGCGUCCAAUCAAGUUGUACUUGAGUAUGUUAAAGAUGGAAAUAUUCUGGAAAUACCUCAAGGAAGCAGCGAUCAAAUGGCGAACUUGCUGCGUAUGUGUUGGCGGUUCGACUAUCUGGAUCGUCCAACCCCUUAUAGCUUAGUAYGCAUUCUGACCGAAAAUCCUGAGAUUGUCAGCGCAUGUGUUGAAGUGCCUCCCACAACAGUCAGUGAYGACAGCAUUGGACGGUUUUAUGUUCCAAGUGGGCAUGGACACGGUCGAAACAGCAGGCUAUCAAGAACUCCAUCUGUAAGCUCACAGCUAUCUGAACGACUUCGAGUGUCUGGAUUUGUCAAAGAAUCAUCGCUUUCUUCCAAGAAACACGCUGGUAACAGCAGUAGUGGAGGACAUAGUCCUGGAGCUAGAAAAACUUCUUUCUUUUUUAAAUUAUGAGCAAUUUGAAGAAAGUGCUUUGCUUGUAGUUUAGUGUAUCCUCACAUUAGUAUAUCAUUGCUGACUUUUAUUAUGAAUUAGUCGGUUACCAUUUCUACUCAUGAAACGGGUCAGUAUACCCGUCACUCAAGGAAGAACGACCACCGAGACAAUAAAAAUGGUCGCAAAUUUGUGAUUCACUUGUGUACAAGAAAAAGGAAUAGGUGUCACUGCCCAAGGCUAGCCUCASCGACGAUCGCAAUCACUCAUAAAUUAUUGAAAAACGUUUUUUCAAAGCAAAAAUCUAUUAACGAGCGCGAAUUCAGAUGUGUCAUCUUUUGUGGGUUUCACUUAUUGGAAAGUAAUUAUUAGUGAACGACAAUUACAAACAUGAUUUAUUUUGUUGAUAUGUACAACUGUUUCUAUGCAUGUAUACUAUAUAAAAUACAUCUUGCUGUAACACGCGGACCCGUCAGCMUGCAUCGGGUAAUGGAUGUUGGAAAUAUCAUAAUAAUAAUAGUGAAUUGAA